AUGGAGGUGUCCGCCCCCCCCGCCGAGUUCCGGGGGGACGCGGCCACAAAGUGGCAGCUCUCUGUCACCGUGCCUCCGACCAGUCCUGACGACGCGGCUGCGAAGCGGCCGCUCUUUGACCCGGCUGCAAAGCGGCAGCUUGUUGACCCGACCGACGGCGCUGCCGCGAAGCGGCAGCUGGUCGACCCGACCGCACACCUGCAGCACUCUGAUCCGAGCCGCCGUUCUGGCGACCAAGGCGCAGACGACCAGAGCGCGGGUGACGCCAUGCUCCGCGAGACGAUGGAGCUGCAUGCAGAGCCGGCGACGCUCGGGGAGGCGGCCGCUUCGCCCGACGAGUCCCCUGCGCUGUCCGGCAUCGACCGAGAGGGGCACUCUGGGGUCUGGCACUGCCCGCGCCCUCUCGUGCGGGCGCGGCUGGCGGUGUACGCCAAGUCCGGCACGGCGGACCCGAUCGAGGCGGUGGUGCUCGAGAUGCACCACUCGUACCUGCGGACGAUGCCGACCGGGUGCCACACGGCGGUCAUCCUCGAGGCACUCACCAUCCGCGCCCCGACGCCGCAAGCGCGCAUCUCCGUGCACGACGUGAUGUACCACUUGCGGUCGCAGCUCCGCGCGGCGGUCGAGGUGACCAACGGGCCGCCGCUGCACACGCUCUCGGACGAGCUCGCCCUCCUCGAGGCCGCCCGCGUCAACGACCUGAAGACCCUCCGGCGGCUUCUCGCCGCCGGCGUGAACCCGAACCGCCGCCACCUCGUGUCGGGUGUCACGCCGCUGAUUGCGGCCGCAACGUACAACCGGCGCGAGGUGGUCAGGCUGCUGCUGCAGGCCGGCGCCACGGGCGACGUCGUCUCCUUCGACGGCGCGUCGGCGCUGCACAUUGCGGCGCAGCGCCGAUUCCCGCAGGUGGUCCGCUACCUGCUGAUGGCGGACUCCCCGCUGCACCUGAAGGACAGCCAGGGGCGCACGCCCUUCGAGGCGGCCCAAUUCGGAGACCCGACGAGCGGCGUCAACAUGGGCGACGACAUGCUCCGCGAGACAAUGGAGCUGCUCACGACGCAUCCUGUGGGAGCCUACAUCGACAUGAGCUCGCCCUGA